AUGGCGCUGAGCCCGGCCCUACGCGCCGCUCCCGCUGCCGCCCGGCCUGGCGACGCCCCCGGCGGCCUCCGGCAUGCCGGGCGCUGCGGCCGCUUCCGGAGGCGGCAGGAAGGGCCGGGGCGGCUCCGGGAAGGAUCCCGGCGCCUGCGCUGCGGACGGUGCCGGAAGGCUGCGGGAGGCGGCGGUGGCGGUGUCGGUGCCGGGCGGGGUCGCGGCGCGGGCCGGGGCAGCAGCAAGAUGCUGCCAACCACCUUGGUUAGUUCUCGGAGCCAGGGCAAUGGUGCGCUGAGCCCCAGGGAUGCUGCGAGGCACACGGCCGGAGCGAAACGCUACAAGUACCUGCGGAGGCUCUUCCACUUCCGACAGAUGGACUUUGAGUUUGCGCUUUGGCAGAUGCUCUACCUGUUCACUUCACCACAGAGGGUUUAUAGGAACUUUCACUACAGAAAACAGACAAAGGACCAAUGGGCGAGAGACGAUCCUGCCUUCCUAGUACUGCUCAGUAUCUGGCUCUGUGUUUCUACUGUAGGAUUUGGAUUUGUGCUGGACAUGGGGUUUUUUGAAACAAUAAAGCUGCUACUUUGGGUUGUAUUCAUAGACUGCGUUGGUGUUGGCCUCCUGAUUGCAACUCUGAUGUGGUUCAUUUCUAAUAAGUACCUGGUGAAGCAGCAGAACAGAGACUAUGAUGUGGAGUGGGGAUAUGCCUUUGAUGUGCAUCUGAAUGCCUUCUACCCACUUCUAGUAAUUUUGCAUUUUAUCCAGCUGUUCUUCAUCAACUAUGUCAUCAUAUCUGACUCUGUCAUUGGGUAUUUUGUUGGGAAUACAUUAUGGUUGAUUGCCAUCGGCUAUUAUAUCUAUGUGACAUUCCUAGGAUACAGUGCAUUGCCCUUUUUGAAGAACACAGCUAUUCUUUUGUAUCCCUUUGCACUUCUCAUCAUGCUCUAUUUGAUCUCACUAGCAUGUGGAUGGAACUUCACCAAGAUGCUUUGCUCCUUCUAUAAAUACAGAGUGAAAUAAACCCAGGACUUCAUGUAUCUAAUGUUUAUUUUGUUUUUACGUUAGCCAUUUUUGACAGUAAAAAAACUUAGAACAUUUUGUAAAUGGUUGUAAAUUUCUCUUUAUUGUAGAUAAUUGUGUAAAAAAGUUUGAAGUGUCCUUUUUUAUUAAAAUAUUUACAACAGUAAA